AUGAAAGCUGACUCUAGUGAGAAAAAGUCAGAAUGUCUGCUAUGUGGUCUACAGUUUAAUCAUCGAUCAUCGCUCAUUCGCCAUACGCGGAACAAUUGCAACAAGAAUCCAUCACAGCGGCGCAAAUCCUGCAACCAAUGCAUCGCGAACAAGACAAGAUGCACUCUCAAACGCCCCACUUGUGCAGGGUGCUCUCUGCGCCAAAUCGCGUGCGUAUACACGAGCUCUGGUGGAGAGCAGUCCGAGCAGCCUGUGUCGCCCGGAAUUGCGAGUGCCCCCUUGGAGUUCGACCUUGAUACCUUGUCAAGUUUCCAACCACAGAAUCUUUCCGCGAGAUUCGACUCGACUCUUUUCGAGCCCUUUUUUGGCGAUUUAGAACCCUGGACUCCAAUACAGCCAUCUGAACUUGUGCUGCAAGCUCGGAAUGGGACAGGCCGGGAGAUUCUCCCUCUCAGUGAUUCUGUUGAAUUCGCCUCUUCUGAGAUAGCGUUUUCCCGAUCAAAUCAACAGAUUGACAGAGAUUCUGGAACAAAUUCAGCUGCGUUGGUAAAUCAUAGCAUGGAGCUCAUCUUCCGAGUUUGUCGAACAUGGCCUCAGAUGCUGGCCGAUGGUUUUCAGAUCCCGCCUAUCUUUCACCCUACCCACCUUGCUUCGCAGACUGAUCUCCCCCGACCACUAGCAACGUGCAUAACUUUGGUCAAAAUGUGGCAUGGGCAAUGUCCUGGUGCCGAAACAAUCGUCCGUGAUACGAUACGCCGGGAGCUUGAUCUGGCCAUGAACAACUCCGACGAGCUAGAUGAAGCAACGCUUCUAGCGACCUUACAGGCAGUAGUGAUGUACACUAUUAUUUUACUUGCGCCCUUCAAAACCUCUCCCAGUGACUGCAUGAGCGAAGAUGCGAUAUUUCGAAAAGUUGAGAUUUUCGUCUGGCAUGUCGUUCGUGGUGAUCUUUUCCUGCCAGAGGAGCGGGCACAGACAAGGCCGUCGUGGGAUGCUUGGAUACAUGUCACAGCUAAACGACGCGCAAUACUCGCCUUAUACUUACUUCACUGGGCAUAUUCCGUCCUGCACAAGGUUCCGUGUUUUGAUUGUUCAGAGCUGGGCUUCAUGCCGGCACCAGCGCCAAAGGCUCUUUGGCAGGCUCACACAGAGCAAGAAUGGAACAGCAAAUACAUACACUGGCUUGCGCGAUGGAAUGGCCAAAUUUAUCUCCAAGCUGAAUUUGGGCAUAUCAAGCCGGGUGCUGUUUUGAGUCCCAGGGCGGAAAAAUGGCUGGGAGAGGCAGAUGAAUUCGGGUUCAUCAUGGCUUCGAUCCUUAAUGCUACUGAGUUCAACCCUCCUAGCUACAAAGUGGCGGUUUAA